CAUACUCACACCAUGCAUUUACUAUCGAGGUCCCCUCAGUCUCUGCUGGCGUUAGUGGCCGUGACCGGCUUAAUCGGACGAAGCCAUGCUGGCCCAGUACCCAACGAUGUUUAUCAGCAGUUGAUGCAGAUCCCCGCCUCCUCACCCUCGACUUUCUUCAACAGCAACAGCAAAGAGCCUUUCACCCCUGACCACCGUGAUCCCUGGGACCAUAAGGUGGAUGCCAUCGGAGAAGAUCGAGAGCCCCUUCCCUGGCGGAUGGGCGAUGGCGCCUCGAUGAUGGGACCGCGGAACAAGGACCGCGAGCGCCAGAACCCCGACCUGGUCCGGCCCCCGAGCACCGACCACGGCUCGCUGCCCAACAUGCGAUGGUCAUUCGCUGACUCGCACGUGCGAAUUGAGGAAGGCGGCUGGACGCGCCAAACCACGGUCCGCGAGCUCGGAACAAGCAAGGAGCUCGCCGGGGUGAACAUGCGCCUCGACAGCGGGGUCUACCGAGAGCUACACUGGCAUCGGGAGGCCGAAUGGGCGUACGUCCUCGCGGGCCAGGUGCGCGUGACCGGCAUCGAUCUCGACGGAAACGCGUUCAUCGACGAUUUGGAAAAGGGAGAUCUGUGGUACUUCCCCUCCGGCCACCCGCACAGUCUGCAAGGACUCGGGGAGAACGGCACCGAGUUUCUCUUGAUCUUCGACGAUGGCAAUUUCAGUGAGGAGUCAACGUUCCUGCUGACGGAUUGGAUGGCGCACACUCCGAAAGCAGUCCUCGCCGAGAACUUCCGCCUCCGCCCCCAACUCUUCAAGAACCUGCCCACGAGCGAGAAAUACAUCUUCCCGGGCUCGCACCCGGCUUCCAUCCCCAAAGAGAUCCCGCCGAACUUCAAACCCUCCAAGGAGCGGUUCACCCACAGGAUGCUCGCGCAGGAGCCCGAGCGCACCUCGGGCGGCGAGGUGCGCAUCACCGACUCGUCCAACUUCCCCAUCUCCAAGACGGUGGCGGCCGCGCACCUGACGAUCCAGCCGGGGGCCCUGCGCGAGAUGCACUGGCACCCCAACGCGGACGAGUGGUCGUACUUCAUCCGCGGGCGGGCGCGGGUGACCGUCUUCGCGGCGGAGGGCAACGCGCGCACCUUCGACUACGUGGCGGGCGACGUGGGGAUCGUGCCCAAGAACAUGGGCCACUUCAUCGAGAACCUGUCGGACGAGGACGAGGUUGAGGUCCUCGAGAUCUUCCGCGCGGAUCGGUUCCGCGACUUCUCGCUGUUCCAGUGGAUGGGCGAGACGCCGCGGCGCAACGUGGCGGAGCAUCUGUUCGCGGAGGAUCCUGAGGCGGCGCGGGAGUUUUUGAAGAGUGUCGAGAGCGCGGAGAAGGAUCCCAUUCGGGAUACUUUGGCUUGAAG